AUGUCUGGUCAACAGCGAAGAUAUAUGAGCAAGCGCCAGCGCCCGUGUGACUUCUGCCGCUCCCGCAAGACCGCCUGUCGGAUUGAACAAGCGCCGCCAUGCCGCCUAUGCGUAUCACACAACCGACGGUGUACUUUCGUCGAGGCUGCUGUGCCAAGGAAGAGGCUGUUGACGUCCGAUGACGGCCCUAAUACAGGCGACGGGUCGAGCUCAUCUCAUGUUGGUUCACGAAUACCUGCAUCAGCGACGACAAUGCCAAGCCCAUCACAAAUUUUCACGCAGUUUCCAGACAAGGAGCUUGAUCAGUUGAAUUAUACUGGAGACUUCAAUUUUACCACAAUCCAAUCCGAAUUCGAGGCCAUGUUCCGAAGCCCGCAAGCUCCAAGCACACCUUCAGCCGUGUGGAUGAGGAGUACAUCUCGUCAAUCAAGCUCGAAGGAAGAGGCCGAGUAUCCUCCUGGUGCCAACCCGCAAUUGCUAGGUCUCAGCGGUGACAUGGACCCUCUUCUCCUGCGUCAUUAUCGAUUUGAUGACCGCGGCAUGUUCGGAUUCAAGGAGCUUGCUAUUCACUCGGUGCAAGACCAACCAGUGCCUUGUCAGUUUCUCGUCUCGCAGCAAUCCAUCUUCUCUCGUCGUAGACAAGAGGCUGGCUCCAACCAUCCAGAAGAUAUUGUGAACGGACAGGAACUAGAAGAUAUCAUUCCAGUCGCUGUCGGUCAGCGUCUCAUCAAACUCUUCUGGGACUUCAUCCAGCCCUGGUGGCCCAUUUUGUCGACAGCACAACCUGUAGAACCAUCUUCAUCACCUCCACAUCUCCUUGCUGCUAUCUACUCUAUCACUUUACCUUUUGCGCUUCAUGACGAUAAGCUAAGUGUCGACGUUGCAUAUGACAAGCCUCCUUAUCCUGCCUUGGCCCAAAUCAUCAACAAGGCUCUCAUCUUCGAAGUCCACUCGCCAAGCAUAGCGGUUGCUCAGACUCUCUUGCUCCUUGCUUUACGCCCAUCUGCAGAUCCUCUCGUCGCAGAUACGGUAUACAGACGGGACAUUUUGGGGAGACUGGUUGCCUGCGCAACUACACUAGGUCUCCAUCUGGAUCCCUCGGGGUGGUCGAUGCCAGAUUGGCAAAAGGGUCAACGGCAGAGGCUAUCGUUUUGCAUCUUUGCCGUCGAUACAUGGACAGCCUGCGUUCAGGGGUCACCGACACUGAUUCACCGAGAUAACUGGCUCAUUGCCGCGGUCGAACAUGCAAGUUCUAUUGGUUCCGGAAUGCGGGAUCAAGACGAGACGCAGCUAUUACACUUCUCCGCCGUAACUGAAAUUCUCAACUCGGCACUCACCAGCCUUUAUUCAGCCCGCGCUGUUAAUGACUUGGCCAAGAGCAAUGAUAAGACUACUGUCUUGACGAAACCCUUACUUCAAAGUCUUUCCUCUGUCUCAGUCCUGGCUGGCUCGACAACAAACUCUCAACGUCUUGCCUACCUCUACGUUCGCAUGAUAAUCUUGCGGGCUGGACUUCGUCCAGUACUGGUCCAAGGCUCAACAGGCUACAACGCAUCUGACGAGAGGGCGAAUCCAAUGGAAGAGCAAAGAGAAGCCAUGAGAGACUGCACUCGCGGUCUCUCCGAUGUCGUGAAGAGCUUAAGCUCAGACACAGAUAACGUCUUCUGGUCAUCUUGGACUCAGCUCAUAGUUUCCUCGAUUUGCUUCACUCAAAUGACAAUGGCUAUCUCCUCACAUACUUAUCAAGAAGCCUCCGAUUGGAUUACUGAUUUGCAGUCGACACGGAAGAGUCUUCGAUUGAAAGUAGCGUCAUUCUCGUUCCUCCGCCUGGGGUUACUGAGGAUCGACGCUCUUUUUUGGCGCGGGCUUGCCAACGUCUUCCAUCUCGAGGCGCACAUCGAAGCAGCAUUCAAAGCCGCGGAUUCUGCAUGA